GUAAAAAUGGAAACAAGGCUACCACUACUAUGUAAAAGCCCCGGCACAGGUUCCCAAACCUGUGGGUAUACGGAGUACCGAACUGGGAGUGUGGUCACCGAGAUGGUAUGUGAAACGAUUUAAUUUUUCUCAAGAGGCCCGAGCUUAUGAUGCAUGUCUCUGGACACUGGAAGACAAGGGCCAGUAGGAGGAGGCCAGUGGGCUCUAGCCAUGAAAAAGACUCCACCAGAAAAGAAUGCUUUCGUGUGAUAAUGCCAGGAGCAGGAAGUGGUUAUGGCGGACAACGUGUGCCUGAGGUUGGGCCCGUGACGUCAGGGGCGUCGACGGUUCUUGAAAAAUCAAAAAAGCAAUACCUGGUUGGUCUUGGAUACUAUACUGCGGGCUACAACCUCCAAUCGUCAGGGCUCUUCCAUAUGCACGAUGGGUAUGCAACUGGACAAAGGUCUACUGUUAUUGGGAUAAGCAAUGCGAGCUCUAUCAUGAUCCACAACCCCCUUCACUCAGAAGUCAGACCUUCUCAGACCCAUCGCCAAGUCAUAUGGAAACCUAUUCCGAUGAUCUGGGAUACUCCACAGCGUCCCUUCGAGGCUGCAUACGGGGCGUGUCUGUCGGGAAAGCGCCUAAGUAAUUCGGCUGACACAUUCGCGAGAAGACUCAGCGCAUAGUGCAGGGAUUGUGAACUCUAAGCAUACUUCAGUCUUUCAUAGCAUCGUCUAUCAUCCCGAAUGCAUCAGAGACUAGC